AUGUCUGACCCGUCGGACCACGUCGUUUCCACGCCAGGAUUCAAGAUGGACCUGCCCAAGUUCUCUGGCUCGCCCGGCACCUUUCAUGCGUGGAGCAUUCGCAUGAAGAUGGCGCUCAAGCUGCGCGGCGACGACGUCUGGGCAGCUGUGGAGGCAGGAGCAUCGUCAUCAGGAGGUCCAAGCUCAGCGACACGCUCAAGUGCAAGGAGACCGACAGCAGGAGAUCACGCCAACCUCACCGCUGCAAACCUCAUCGCGUCCACGCUCUCAGGCUACCCCCUUCUCCUCUUCACCAACGGAGAAGCAGACGUCAACGCCGGCCAAGGAUGGGCCCGGCUCAAGGACCACUACGCUUCGCAGGACCGCCUCCGCAUCGCAGAGCUCAAGGAGGCGCAGCUUCACGUCCCCUGCGGCAACCUCGCCCGCUUCUUCGAGCGACAAAUGGAGCUGCAGCAGCAGUUGCAGGACGCAGGCGUGCGCCAGGACAACGAGGACCUCUUCACCAUCAUUGUGUUGCAGGAGUGCCUCUACGUGCCCGAGGGCCAGGCCAACCUCAUCGCCCUCGGUCGUCUGACCAGGGACAGCAGCGGCAGGCCAACGGGCCACUCGCAGCGUGAUGGCGCUGAUGGGCACUACGUGCGCUUCAGCCACGGAGCCGAGGUCAAGCUGAAGGAGCGCAGCAGCCUCCGAUGCUGGCCCAUUGUUGCUGUUGGUCCAUCCACGGCACACGGUCUCACCGCCGAUGCCUGCAAGCAACCACAGCAACCCGCAGCAGCUCCUGCAGCCCAGAGCAAGGUGCAGACACCAUCGAUGCAUGAGGUGCUUGGCCACCGCAACGACAACGACGUGCAGCAGUACUGCAAGCUGAUGGGCAUCGACGAUCGCAACGCCAUCAGCAGCAAGCAGUGCGCAACGUGUGCAGUGACCAAGAGCACUCGUCACAGCGUCAGCAAGCACGCGGAGCGCACACAGGUGCCCGGCGAGCGCAUCCACGCCGACAUCGUCGACUGGACCGCGGACUCACCCACGGGCAAGCGCUACAGCCUCGUCAUCGUCGAUGAGGGCAGCAAGCUCCUGCAUGCAGUCCAUCUCAAUGCCAAGAAGGACGCAGUUGCCGCGUUCCAGUCUUUCCUGCGCGAGACCAAGCUCCCCAUCUCGCCCACAACAACAGCACUCCAGACGGAUUCCGAUGCCAUCUUCCUCGGAGCUGACUUCCAGGCCAUCGUCAAGAAGCACCUGAAGCAGCACCAGCAGUCCCCGCCGUACACCCAGGCGCAGAACGGCAUCGUCGAGCGACAGGUGCGCACCCUCUCCGACAUGGUGCGAGCCAUGAUCACGGGUGCAGGCCUCGACGCAUCGUACUGGAGCCUCGCCUGCAACCACGCCCUCCACAUCCUCAACAACAUGCCUCGCCCUUCCCUCCACGGCAAGACACCGCUGCAGAUUGUCACGGGCGCGCUGCCCAAGCACGUGCCACAGCUGCACGUCUUCGGGCAGCCGGCCGUCGUCCACAUCAGCACACAGCGCGGACGCCUGCAGCCCAAGGGCCGCCGAGGCAUCUACGUCGGCCACAACAGCAGCAGCAACAGCCACCUCGUCUACUUUGAAGACACAAACACCGUUGUGUCCUCCAUCCACGUCCGCUUCCUUCCCUUCUCCAAGGCCGAUGAUGUCGUGGAUGAGGGGGAGGAGCAACUUCCCCAGUGCACGUGA